GUGGUGUCGAGGACAGCACCUUUUGAUCCACGUGAAGCGACAGUUUCCUCGGUCCAUCAUGCCAUAUUCCACGACCUGAUCUCGUGUCGCGAUGUCGUCCAAUCUUUCCUUGAUAGAAUCGCGGCCUUUGACAAGACAGGGCCUACUAUCAAUGCAAUCAUAACGACGAAUGAACAUGCUCUUCAGUAUGCCGACGAGCUUGAUGCAAUGAUGAACACACAUGGAUUCGUGCCGGGCCGACUGCACUGUGUUCCCCUGCUCCUCAAGGAUAACUAUGAUACAUUCGACAUGCCCACAACCGCUGGAAGUUUGAGUCUAAAGGGGUCCCAGCCUCCUGCCGAUGCUCCUGUGGUGAAGGCAAUACGUGAAGCUGGGGCCAUUAUACUCGGAAAGGCAAAUAUGCAUGAGUUUGCGAUCACCGGGCUUACCAUCUCUUCCAUCCUCGGCCAGACAAAAAACCCGUAUGAUCUGACACGCACUCCUGGUGGUUCAAGCGGUGGUACCGGUGCAGGAGUAGCUGCUUCCUUCGCCGUUCUGGGGACCGGAAGCGACACCGUGAACUCGAUUCGCUCACCCGCGUCCGCAAACUCGCUCGUAGGUAUCCGUCCUACAAGGGGGCUCAUCACGCGGACGGGAAUCGUCCCGUUAUCGACAACCCAAGACGCCAUCGGGCCGAUUGCCCGCACAGUUCGCGAUGCUGCGCUUUUACUAGACGUGAUGUCCAGCGUCGGCUUCGAUGCCGCGGACAACGUGACCGCGCUAGGUGUAGGCCAAGUACAGGAUUACGUCUCGCGAACCGAUCAGGGAAGCGUCGACACUUUGCAAGGCUUACGGAUCGGAGUCCUCGACGUUCUACUCAACAAAACCGAGUCGGAUCCCGAAGUAUUUGCUGUAAACAAGGUCUUCAAUGCUACCCUUUCAAUACUUGACCAAGCAGGUGCUACACUGUUGCGCAUCAAUGAUCCCACCUUCGUCAUUAGCCAUCUUUCUUCGGUCUUCGACGUGCAGAUUUACGAGUUCAAGCACGAACUGGACGUGUACCUUGCAUCGCAUCGUGGACAUGUUACCUCCAGCAACCUCGAGUCUAUAAUCAAGCAAGACCUCUACGAAAAGGGCGAUGCGUUUACUGGGGAAUUCAUGCGAAACGCCACCAAAGGAGCCAACAACGAGACAAACCCAGCAUAUUUCACACGUCGAUCCGGUAUUGACGGCCUGCGCACGCAGCUCGCCAUGCGCUUCGCGGAGCAAAACCUCGACGUGAUGUUUUACCCCCACCAGUCGAAUCUCGUUGUGCCCAUAGGAUCACCCAGUCAAGUCGGCCGUAACGGGCUCGUCGCCGCCAUCAACGGCUUUCCCGCGGUCGGAGUUCCAGGAGGUUUCUCCGAACCCAGUGAAACUGCACCCGUAGGCAUACCUGUGGGGGUGGAGUUCCUUGGACGACCAUUCGAAGAGGGAAAGCUACUGGAAGUGGCAGCUGCCUUUGAGCGGCUUACGAGA